AUGGUAAGUGUAGGCCCUCCACCUAAAGAAUACAAUAAAUUACAUGUAUCAUUAUCCUCAAGUGCUGAUUCAGCAGCUGUCAUUAGCAACACCGAGGAAGAAAAUGCAACUGACAUUGACGACGUGCAAGUGGAAGAAGAAGAACAACCAAAAGGGUCAACAACAGACAGCAAGGAUAGCGAUCCUUCAUCACACACUUCUGUCAGCGAUGUUGAAGAUAGCGAUAGUGACCAGGAUGAUCACAACAGUGAUACAGGUAAAAGUGUCCCACCCAACAUGAGAUGGUAUAUUAAAAAGGAUGGAAAUAAUGUGCACAUCUCCAAAGCUCUUAAAGUUCUGUUACCUAGGGAGUACAUCUCAAAAGAACGAUCCAGAAGACACUGGGUAGGAAAAUCCCUUAUUCAAGCUUGGAGUAAGAUAGAUAAAAGUCAUGAUGUGAUCAGGUUCCGGGACGUGGCUGUAAGGGUCAAAGACCAGGUGGAGUUCUUGCACAUUCUCUCUAUACAAUCAGAGGAGGGGAAAGAACAGAUAAGUGCAAAUUCGAAAAAUAAAGGGUCAGUGAGAGGUCGACCAUACACUGAAGUAAGUCAAGGUAAAUAUGAUGUUCCUUACAAGAUUUUAUUGUCCAAGUGGAUCCCUCUCAAUAAAGUGCUUUGUGAAAUUGAAAUGGUGAAGAAUGAGGAUGGCACAUCUUCAUUAUCUGAGGACAGCAUUGCCAAACUGCAACUGAAGGAAAAAGACAACCUGAAAAUUGCUAGCACUGCAGAUACAAAUACUGAUGAUGACUACUAUGAGGUGGAAAAGGUUUUAGAAGUAAGACUCAACAAGCAGUUCCACUCAGAAGAAUACAAAGUUAGGUUUAAAGGAUACACCUCUGAUGAUGACAUGUGGCUGCCAAGCUCUGCUUUUAAAGAGCCUGUCACUUUCCACACCGUUUCAAAAAGGGGUCGUCUGAGAAAGCAUAGGAUGAAAGAGGGAUCAUCAGCUCCUGAAACCCAAGGAAACAAUCCAAGAAAGACUCCUACAGAGACUAACCUUAAAAGGAAAUAUGUCCAUGAAUUAAAGACAGGUAAUACAAAUAAUCAUUUUAUACAACUGUAUUCUUUUAUAAUCGCUAUAAUAGGAAUUGGAGCAGAUAGCCUACCUCUCUAUGUAGCCAGUAUAAUAUCUUAUCUAAUUUGUUUAAGAUCACACAGAGGCAACAGCAGACAUGGACACUGAUGGAAUCCCUGUAAUCUAAAGCUAAUGUGCUAGACAUUGUAAUAGUAAUCUGAUCUGGGAGAUCAUGGUGGCAAUUAGAUUGAAAUAAAGCCUCUGAUACCUAAUUUCUGUUAUUCUUUCAGAGGAAUAUACAGGAAGGAAGAAAAUAAAGCUCUUGAAAGAAGACUCAGCUAAA